CUUUUCUCCAUCUCCAUCGCUUCUCUGUCUGUGCGACGUCCGUCGGAGCGACGAAGCCGGAGCUCUCUCUCGCUGCAACGAAGACCGAAGGGAUACGUGGAAUAACCUGUGGGUUUUCUUAACUCUCUUCUACUUGAAAGGAAUUAGUGUGUGUCUUAUUCAAAGAACUUGAUUUGGUUGAUGGUGGUUAUGGAGGCAAUGGUGAAAAAAUAUCAGCAGAAGUUCAGAAAGGUGAGAGACGAAAUGGAUCGAUGGGACGAACUUCAGUCUAGAUUGCUUUCACAGUUCAGGAAUGCUUCUUCCAUUAUCCAGAGGUUACAGGUGAUUCAAAAUCCAAAGAAUUAUGGUGCUUUGCAGUGUGUUGAUAGUAUUGGAGAUGCACUCUUGGCAAAGCAAAUGGAGUCUUUGCAAACUAUCUUGCUUUCAAUGAACAAGACUAUGGUAGAUUUUCACGGUGUUGUUUUGUCACUUGAUAAAAAUUUUCGUGACGGGAGGCAGCUAGUAAAAGGGGGGUCUAUGCAGCCAACAAUGAGACAACUGCAGCAGCAAAUUGGUUUAAAACCAACUCUUGCAGAUUGCUUGGACGGGCUUGGGCUUCUUCAUGAGAUGCACAAUUCAGAGUACAUUCUUAAAUUAUCUGUGGUAUCAGCACUUCCAGCUCUAACCUUGAAACCCAGUGCCAGUGAUUUGGGUGCCCUCCAGCAACUCCUGGUUGAUCAGCCUAACAUUCCCAAUGAAGAAGUGCAAUUCAUAUUUGACAUCAUAUUCGCUGAAGAGAUAUGUUGAUAUGUUGUCCAUGACGAUGAUUUGAAACCUUGAAGUAUUGUGCGAAAUGGAAGUCUCUUUGUUGCAGGAGACGACGAGGAUGAUGAUGGCAGUGAGGCUCUUUUCUAUGCUUGUGACACUACAAGGAAUGCCCGUUAAGCUUCUUUAACCACUUGAUUCGAGAAACUGGGAGCACAUUUUUUUUGGAUAGCAAGAAGUAUCUAUUUCGUUGUAACUAGUAACAUGUCCUUUUUGAUGUUUUAUGAGAUGUACAAAUUUCUUGACAUUGUUCCGAUUUUGUUACGUAUAGUUUCUCUCUAUGUAAGUUAUAUCGUGUAGUCCCAACCCUAUAUUCCGUG